CUGGAGAGGAGAGGUUGGCCGUCUCUCUCCUCCAGCAGCCGCCGGGCUUCACUGCAGCCUUCCCGCCGCUUCUUCAUCAUGGAUCUUGGGACUAAAAGAGUCGUUUGGAAUAUCGCUCAGGUCGCUCUGCUUCUCUGCAGCUCGUACGGGACAACCGGAGAAGAGGUGUGUGACAGCGCGUUGGUGUCCAAUCUGCCGCCGUCGUCCUUCAGAAGCUCGUCCCAGCUGUCCAGCAGUCACGCGCCUGGCUUCGCCAAACUCAACAGGAGAGACGGAGCUGGAGGUUGGUCUCCUCUCACCUCAGACAGGUAUCAGUGGCUGGAGGUUGACCUGGGUGAGCGGACCAAGAUAACCGCUGUGGCUACUCAGGGCCGCUACGGCAGCUCUGAUUGGCUGGCGUCGUACCUGCUGAUGUUCAGCGACACGGGACACAACUGGAAACAGUACAGACAGGAGGACAGCAUAGGGUCUUUUCCAGGUAACAGUAAUGCAGACAGCGUGGUUCAGUACAAACUGCAGCAGCCGGCGAUCGCUCGCUUCCUCCGCCUCAUUCCUCUGGACUGGAACCCCAGCGGGAGGAUCGGACUCCGGCUGGAGACCUACGGGUGUCCUUAUACCUCAGAUGUCGUGAGUUUGGACGGCAGCAGCAGCAGUCUGGUGUACAGGUUGAAGCCGAGGCAGACGUCCAGAGAGGUUGUCUCUCUGAAGUUUAAAACCCUGAGGAAUUCUGGGACACUGCUGCACGCAGAGGGAGAGGGAGGACUCGGCUUCAGUCUGGAGUUAGAGAGGGGAAAGCUGCUGCUGCUGCUCAGACAAGGUAGAAGUUCCUCUGAACCCCGGCGUCUCGCUUCCCUCGGCAGCCUGUUAGAUGAUCAGUACUGGCACUAUUUAGCAGUGGAGCGGCGCGGCUCGCACCUCAACCUCACUGUGGACAAACACACAGAGAGGAUUCAAAUCCCUGCAGAGUUCAGCCACUGGGACAUCGAGCAGCUGAAUGUAGGAGCAGUCCAGAGCCUCAGUUCUACAAAACCAGUCUUGUCCAAGAGAAACUUUCACGGCUGCCUGGAAAACCUGCUGUACAACGGCCUCAAGCUGAUAGAAUUAGCUAAACACAAAAACCACCAAGUUACUGUUGUGGGCAAUGUGACCUUUUCUUGUGCUGAGUUGGUGUCCGUGGCUGUAACGUUCCCCGGCCCCCAGAGCUUCCUCCAGUUGCCGGCGGCGGCAGCGUCCUCCUUAGGGGGCGUGUCCGUUGGGUUCCAGUUCAGGACGUGGAACAAGGCGGGGCUUCUGCUAACCUUUGACCUGCCUCAGGGCGGGGGCGUGGUCUGGCUGUACCUGAGUGAGGCCAGACUCCGGCUGCAGAUCCAUAAAGCUGGAAGGGUGCUGCUGGAGCUCAGUGCAGGUUCUGCUCUGAAUGACGGUCAGUGGCAUUCGGUGGAUCUGAACUGCAGACGAGGUCGUCUGAGCAUCACCGUGGAUGAAGAAGAAGGAGGCAGCGCUCAAGCCAGCCCUUCAUUUCCUGUCACCAUAGAAAGUCACCUCUUCUUUGGUGGUUGUCCCACUGACAAUGAAAGGCAGGACUGCAGAAACCCAUUUAAUGUCUUCCAGGGCUGCAUGCGUCUCUUAACUCUGGACGACCAAAUCGUGGACCUGAUCAUGGUGCAGCAAAAGCUCCUAGGAAUCUAUAGCAACCUGCUAAUCGACAUGUGUGGAAUCAUCGACAGGUGUUCUCCGAGUCGUUGUGAACACGGUGGCCGCUGCAGUCAGUCCUGGACCGUCUUCCACUGUAACUGCUCUGAGAGCGGCUACAGUGGAGCCACCUGCCACAGCUCUGUGUACGAACAGUCCUGCGAGGCGUACAAACACAACGGCAACACGUCGGGACAGUUUUAUAUCGACGUGGACGGCAGCGGACCAAUCAAACCACAGCUGGUCUACUGCAACAUGACAGAGGAGAACACCUGGAUGGUGAUCCAGCACAACAACUCAGAGCUGACCAGACUCCGACCGUCUCCAGGUGUAAACCAGCAUUCAGUUCACUUUGACUACUCCACUGAAGAGGAGCAGCUGUUGGCCGCCAUCAGCCAAUCAGAGCACUGCCAACAGGAGCUGUCCUACCACUGCAGGAAGUCCCGCCUCCUCAACACUCCAGAGGGCUCUCCGUUCAGCUGGUGGCUCGGUGGUCCUGGUGCUGGUCGUGUCCAGACUUAUUGGGGCGGAGCUCAGCCAGGCAGCCAGCAGUGUGUCUGUGGCCUGCAGGGCGACUGUGUGGACCCACAACACUACUGCAACUGUGACGCCGACCGCACAGAGUGGGCUGAAGACUCGGGCCUGCUCACCCAUAAGGAGAGCCUCCCUGUACGGUCUGUGGUGCUGGGUGACAUCCAGCGGCCGGGGUCAGAGGCCGCCUACAGGGUGGGACCACUCCGAUGUCAUGGGGACAAGAACUUCUGGAAUGCUGCAUUUUUCGACAAGGAGACGUCGUACCUCCACUUCCCCACCUUCCACGGAGAGCUGAGCGCAGAUAUCUCCUUCCUGUUUAAAACCACGGCCUCCUCUGGCGUGUUCCUGGAAAAUCUGGGCAUCAAAGACUUCAUCCGGAUCGAACUGAGCUCCACCAACCAAGUGGUUUUCUCCUUCGAUGUGGGUAACGGGCCGCUGGAGGUUCAGGUGGAAUCGAGCGUGCCGCUGAAUGACAACCGGUGGCAUCGAGUCCGAGCCGAGCGGAACGUCAAGGAGGCGUCGCUUCGAUUGGAUGAACUUCCAGUCGCCACACAGGAGGCUCCUGCUGACGGACACCUCCACCUGCAGCUCAACAGCCAGCUGUUCAUAGGAGGCACAGCGUCCAGGCAGAAGGGCUUUCGGGGCUGCAUUCGCUCCCUGCAGCUAAACGGGGUCACCCUGGACCUGGAGGAGAGGGCGAAGAUCACACCCGGGGUCCGACCCGGCUGCCCGGGUCACUGCAGCAGCUACGGCUCGCUCUGCCAGAACCAGGGCCGCUGUGUGGAGAGAGACAGCGGCUUCCACUGUGACUGCGGCCUGUCAGCACACGCUGGAGUCUUCUGCCAUACAGAGGUGUCGGCCAGCUUCAAGUCAGGGACGUCGGUCAGCUACACCUUCAAGGAGCCAUACGAGUUGAGCAGGAACAGCAGCGCCCUGCCGUCCUCCAUCUACUCCGACAUGACUCUGAGAGGAGAGAACGUCUCCCUGAGCUUCAGGACCAACCAGAGUCCGGCUCUGCUGCUCUACGUUAGCUCCUACUACAGAGAGUACCUGGCCCUGCUCAUCAACAAGCACGAUAAACUGGAGGUGAGAUAUAAGCUGGACAGCAGCAGAGACGCUGAGGUGUUGAGAAGCAGAGUGCGGAGUCUGGCCAAUGGACAGCUGCACACUGUGACCAUCAGGAGAAUGACAGACUCUGUGACUGUGCAGAUUGACCAAAACCCCAGAGAAGACUUCAACCUGACAUCUGACGGAGAAUUCAACGCCAUCAAGUCGCUGGUGUUGGGCAGAGUGUUCGGGUCUGAUGAUUUGGAUCCGGACCUGUCCCGGUUGGCGUCUCUGGGUUUUACAGGUUGUCUCUCUGUGGUCCACUUUAACUCCAUCAGCCCUCUGAAAGCUGCUCUGCUCCACCCGGACACCAGCCCCGUCACCAUCACCGGACCUUUAGUUCGCUCCAACUGCGGCUCCUCUGCUUCAGCCAAUCCCUACGCAGCGGAGAACACACACCACCUGGCAGAUCAGUCUGGUUCAGUGGGUUCAGGUCAACCUUUAGUCAAUGCCAUGAGGACUGACUCGGCUCUGAUUGGAGGUGUCAUAGCAGUGGUGAUCUUUGUGAUUGUGACCGGCCUGGCCAUAACUGCCAGAUUCCUCUACCGGAGAAAAGAGACGUACCGGAACCAGGAGGUGAAGGGAGUCAAACAGGAGGACAGCCAAGACUUCACUUUCAACAACCAGACGGACUCCCAGAGCGUCUCCAAUGAAAACCCAAAGGAGUAUUUCAUCUGACUGGAGGCCUGAUGACCUGAUGAACUGGCGGCUGCAGACACGGGGAGUCCUGCCACGCCUCAGGACUCAGAGCCACUGUUUUCUGGCAGAAGUGGCUCAAACAGCAUGUUGAGGCAAAAAAGAACAAUUUACACAGCGUUGUCUUUCUGUUGCUUUACCGUAAGUUGUGAAUAUACUGAUUCAAACAGGCAACAGUUUUGGACUCUUGAGGUGUUGAUAUCCUUGUUUCAACUGUAAGUAUUCAAAAAUGUAAAUGUUGAAUAUAUGUCUUUGUAACAAUUUAUGGCUAACGUCACUUUGUCAUAUUGAAACAUGGAAAUAAUGGAGGUAUUGGUAUUUUUAUGGUGUUGAAAAAUGUGAAGCUUUGCCUUCUUGUGGUUGGUUUUCCUUAGAGAGAGAGAUGGGCGUGUAGAGACAGGACGGCACUUGAAACUGGCAGGAUGUUGUUUUAUAUCCUCUGCCAGUUCAGUCAUCAGGCCCUUCGUUGUGAUCAUAUGGUUUUGUCCACUUUGUAGCAGGGAUACCUUCAACCUCCAGCAAUUUUUCUCUCAACCAUCCCUCCCACUUGCAGCUUUUAAUCCGUUCUUUGAAGGUUUAAGCUUUGUUAGAUCUUUAGCAGGAAAAUAAGUAAAUAUUAAAGUAAAUGUACUCCACUGAGGCAGAAUUCUUUCUCACCGUAUUACAAAAAUGAAUUUGAGCUUAGUCAUGGAUUAACUAAGCUUUGAAAUAUAAUCCUCAAAGUGGAUAAAAUCAGUAUUUGACUAUGUGAAAGGAGCUGUUUUUCAGCAUAAAGGUUCUAAGUGCACUACAGACAGCAGACAAACUGGUGAACAGAAAUAUUUGAAUCUAGGGUGGAAAUAGCAGCUCCACCACUAACAAUAACAACUUUGACACAGAAAAGUAUUCACAGAAUGCAUCAAAAGGCUGUUUCAAGGGGGGAAAUUACAUCAAAAAUGGGUUUCAUUUCAUUUAAAUGUUAAAACCUUUUUGGAAUUCCACAGCGGUGAAGUUGUUUGAAACUAGUAAGGAGAGGCCUCUGAGGGAAAGGAGAGAAGGUCAGUAAGAAAGCUGAAACCACCACCACAAAAAGUUUAUUAAAACUGCACAUCUGAAGCUAUGAAAAGGUUUAUCUAAAGAAUAUCAAAGUGGCCUCUAUUAUGUAACAUGAGAAAUGCUGAAAAACUGUUUCUUCCGCUCCCAUGGUUCGAACAAGUCAAACAACUUCUAUUAAAACUAAGCUCCUAGUCUGCAGUCUGGAUUCAUUCAUAAGAACUUUUGUAUGUGAAUGAUUGUUUGAUUGUUUGUUGCAGUGAAGGCUCGACAUAUCUGAGCCAUGUACAGGGUAUUCAGCUCAUUCUCUACCCCCCUUCGUUUUAGUUAAUGUUAAUGUCAAUUUCACAUUAAUUACCAAUAUAAAUGAUCAGGUUAUGUUUCCAUUUAAUUCAGUUGUGUAAAACUAGAGUCCAACUUCUGUGUACCAGAGUCACAAAAAGACGCCAACGCCAGUGGAUUUCAUUUCUUCCCUCUCACAUUCACAAUUUUACCUCUCACAUACACAAAACACACCUAACA